CAGCUCUUGAUUGACACUAAAAAACCAACAAAAUAAAGUUUAGUCAUCAUGUCUGAAAGCGACAGUUUUAUUACCACUCAAACCUUCUCUGCUAACAGGUUUAAAGCUCUCGACUAUGUCUUUGAGACCACCACCAGUCUGAAAGUGAUGAUGAACCUGCUGGCACUGCCCGCGCCUUACUUCAGUGGCAGCAGAGACCUGUACCCGCACAGCGGGGAGCUGCCUGCAGGCACCUACAGGACCCCGUGGGUCAGAGGAAAAGUGAUCUCCACCUGCAAACUGUUUGUCAGCGGCUCUGUGCUCCAUGACCUGGGAGAAAAAAAGCAGCCAGUUAAUUCACCUGAAAGAUUUACCGUGGCUCUGAGCGAGGUGAAAGGGGAUUUGGAGAUGAUACCGAGCUCUAAUCCUGACUCAGUGAAUGAUCUAGACCAGGAUGAGUGCGUUUGUCUUUUAAAAGAGUCAGAGUUCAAUGAUCCUUGUCAGGAAUCAUUUUUCAAGUGGACAACUGACCAGAUGAAACCUGGAAAUGAGAACAAAGAUCUCCUCCUGCCAGAAGAGCUCAUGGUUGUUGAUUACCUGCCGUACUUUAAGAGACAUUUACCCACGCUGAAAGCCAAACUGUCCAGGCUGCGGACGCUCUCUGUGGCCGACCCUCUGCUGAGCGUUAUGGGAAAAAACAUCUCUGAGGACGCCAUAUUGAGACACUGCGCGUCUUAUGAACCCCCCCCUGAUGUGCACACCUCUGACAUUCAGACGUGUGCAAACAUUCACGAGGAGUUUGGUAAAGAGUCACUGAUGAAAGAAGAGUCUCUGCUGCUGCUGGUUGUAGUGGACACACUGAAGCUGAGCCAAGAAAACGGCACCGCGUUUUCAAGCAUUUGUGGUCAAAUGGACGUUGCUCCUGAACAGCUGCAUGAGCAGCGUCCAGUCCUGGAUGUGCUUCAUGAGGCUUCCCUUUCAGAUGUAUCGGUGGACAUUUCCCAGUAUGACGUGCCACAGGAGUCCGGCAAGAAGGGCAACAUGAAUGGAGGCCUGACGGAGACGGCAGGACGAGCGAUGCUUCCGACUGAAAUGGAGCUGGACGUGACUUUGACGCCGAGUCCCAAGACGAGUCAAACCCAAAUCUGUCCGUCCACACGUGAACUCCAGCAGGAAGAGCCGUCAGCGCUCAGCAGACUAUCUUUGGUGUCAGCGAGCGCUCAGGAAGAGAUGGAGACGGCACUUUGGAAGGCGGAGAAGCAUCCAGCCUUUGUGGUGGGCUUUCUGUUGGCAGAGCCUCAAAUAUAUGAACCAGCUGUCGACUUCCAGCCGCUGUCUGAAGCCUUGAGAGUCGUGAAGUCUGAGAAUCAAAGCUUCGUCUGCGUUGGUGACAAACUGCAGUCCCAGGUGGAGACGGGAGCCCCGCCGGUGUAUCUGUGCAGCAGCCGUGAGUUCACAGAGAGCAUGAGGUCCGAGGUUCCCUCCAGCACGGAGGUGAAGAUGGAAGACUUCAAAAGACUGUCACCUGAACAUGUGGACAUCUCAGUCAGAUCCGUCCCGAUGAAUCCAACAAACCAAACUCGGUUCCCUCACCCGAAGAAAUGUGAAACUGCUGCUUUUCACACUGAAGCUCCUGCGGACGACUCACACCUUCAAAAAGAGGAGUCGAUGAAGGAAAUGAAGAAGAUUGAAGUUUCAGAUGAGAGGUCGUUAGAAGUUGCAGCCGUGUUUUCCGCUCGUAAGUCAGACAUCAACACAAGAGGAGACGACUGUAAGACGGAGCAGAGCGCUGUGUCCUCCAGAGACGAUCACGGGGGUCUGCUGGUUACGGGACGUCCAGCAGAGAAGGACCUCCACCCUCUGUCCACCUUCAUGAUUCUGAGAUCUCAGCAGACGGCUACGGUGACUGCAACACCUCAGAGCUCAACUCCAGCACUAACGAUGGACCAACAAAAACCUCCAUCUGAGCACCAUCAGCCUCCUCCACUGCAGAUACAAAGAUCAGAUCAGAGGCCGAGGUAUACGAGUGAUGCUGUGUCAGGAAAUGCUAGCAGAGAGCAGAAAGCAGCUGGUCAGGUGACGGGUCAACACAUCCCUCAGGACAGACGGGACAGCAGAGUAGUACAGGUCCAAGCUACCGACAGUCAGCUGCGUGCCCACUGUGAGCUGCUGGCCUUCGCUCAGCCUUGUUUAAACUCAGCCAGACAGCUGGGGCUCAACGUCCCGGUGCGAGGAGACUUCAGCUGCCUGGCCCCGGACCAAACACACUUCCUCCUCAAACAGCAGGAGAAGGCGCUCUGCGGGAGACAUGCACAGAGUGCAGAGCAGCACAGAGAUCAGGAACUACUUUUCAACCAGGCGGCUGUGAUUCAUGUGUUGGUGACGUUCAAGGAGCUGCUGCUGAAGUGUGACCUCAGUACUGCAUUGGAGUACCUGACCAAAGCAGCUGAGGCGUGCGCAGAGCGGAGUCUGGAGAAGCUGGUGAAGAGGCUGCAGAUCGUCCUCUUCCUCAGUCACAAGUACCAGGAGUCCAACCUCAAACUGCUGGAGCUGCAGCAGCUGCUGGCUGCACAGCUGCAGAGCAGACAAGGACAGAAGAUAGCAGAGAAAAUUCUUGUCAUAAUAUCAGUCGACUCUGCCGACAUCAGAUCUUUAAUCAUCAGCAGUUUGAGCCACGUGACUGAUGCUUCCGUUACUGCAGUUUGUCCCGAGGAGUACAAGAAAAAAGUGAAUGGUGCCAGUGUGGUGAGCAGCAUGCGCAACAGUGUGUGUGUGGUGGUGUAUGAGCAGCACGUCGGGCCGGACUUCCCCUGGAGCUGCUUCUCUCUGGUGGUGGAGUACGACCAUCCAGGCCAGUCACCGUGGGCAACAGUCUGCAGAGAGAGGAGCAUCAGUCACCUGAGCUUCAACACAACCAUCUCCGACACGAAGGAGAAGGAGAACGCCUCGUGGUGCCUGGAGGACCAUGUGCCAUACGUGUUGUUUGUCUCAGAGGGGUUUCUCAACUGUCCGCUGCUGCUACAGACACUCGAGUCAGGGUUUAAUAUAACUGUGCUGGAGAGGAGCCACUGUCCCUCCCUGCAGAUGCUCGGAGGGACCCAUCACUACGCUGUCAUCACAGUGGAUGAAAGAACCGCUAUCCUCAUUCAGGAGGAGGACGAGCUGUGUCAGGAUCGAGCCAGUGAGGGCGUAGUGUUGAGGCUGACCGCCCUCUCUCUGCAAUACAACUGCUGUUGGCUCAUCCUGCACUGCAGACACAGCCAGGGAGGAGGGUUUUCCAGUGAAGCCUUCAGCAACUUGGUGUUGGUUUAUUCGUCUCUGGUCCUGUUUGGCAUGAAGUCUGAGGAUCUGGACGUAAAGGUGCUUAUUGUGUCUGACGUGAUGGAAAUGGCCAAAGGAAUCAGCCAGAUCUGCUUCCACAGCCUGAUGGCCAGUGAGAAGGAUCCUCUCAGCCUCCUGCUCAGAGACUGGCUGACUGUGAUUCCUUCAGAGGCUGAAAAGUGUCUGUUGCAGUUCCCAUGUAUGAACCCUCUGGUUAGUCAGCUAAUGCUGAGGAGAGCAUCCGUCCCGUGGCUCCUGGGGGCCUCUCUGUCUCAGCUGAAGGAGCUGCUCCCUGAGGUCCCACAUAAAGUCCUCAAGCUGUUCAGUGACACCACCUCCCUGUACACACUGACCACAGAGCAGCCAGAGUCUCAGACAGUCAUCUCGGCGACAAACCAACAAACCUGCCAGCCAAACAGCCACUGGAUCACCACUGCUGAAGCCGAGCACAUGAGCUCUGACCCGCAGCCAGAACCCCCCAUCAGCCCCCAUCCCAGACUAUUCUGUAGUGACCACAAAAGCAGCUUCCUGUUCGGAGCUGAUCACAGCUUCUGUGAACCACACUCAAUGCAGGAGGGCAACACAGAUUUCAGACUCGACCCGAGUUCUUCUUUUGGCAGCCCAGAUGUUCACCUCCACCUCCGGAGGAGCUGGACCAGCAAUGAUCCGUGGAAAGAGCAGGACGGAGGCAGAGAGGAGGUGAGGUUCUCUGGCUGCAGAGCUGGAGCAGUGGGGAGAGUUGUUGGACGAGUAAAGGACGAGUGGACACCGAAGGCUCCAACAGGCCUCAACAUCGACACUCCCGGCGUCCGACUCGACAGUCCUUUCAAGCUGGACUCCACAUUCAGUUACAGCCCCAGCCUGCAGCAGCCCGCUAACAGUGAGAUGAACACGUACUCGACAGUCUACAGUGACCUCCAGCAUUCAGAUAACCGGCACUGUUCCUACGGUCUGUGGGGUCGAGGUCAAAGCACCAACGACUGCCUCACCAGUAGUAGAGAGACGACGACGAUUUCAGCCAACUAUGGCUCCAGAUGCUGGAGGGGACAAGAGAGGAAGAGGAGGGGCGAGGCUGCUGGUUUGGUUGAAACAGCGUUGACACCACUGAAGAGGGGGAGGUUAAGCUAUGAGAAGGUUCCCGGCAGAAGUGAUGGACAGACGAGGCUUAAAUUAUUUUAGGCAUGAAGGCUUUGUUCAUGUUUGUAAAGACAAGAAGGUUUUGUUAAGAUUCAGUUGCAUAAUUCAAGUUGCUUCCAUAUUUUUAUUCAGGUGAAAUUACGUUUUUACUUUUGCCUGCAAAAAAGUUUACAUUUUAAGUAUUUCUGUGAUUAAAUGCACAUUUCUGCCAUAUAUUCAACAUUAUUUAACAAGCAAAAGUGCUCUCGUCAGUUUCAGUUUUUUCUGGGAAAAAAGCACAAACAGAAAUUAAAGUGCAGUAGUUGCUGCAGGAAUUAUUAUAAUUAAUUAUUUUCAGUCAAAUACUUUAACAAUAUAAAAUACUGAUAUUUUAUUAUUAUAUUAUUAUUUUGCUAAUAUUUAUAAUAUAAUGUGUUAUACUAUUUAUGGGUUGUUUUCAGACUUAACCUUGCAUUUCACAGUGCACACAGUAUUUGUUUGUGAUUUAUAAAAUCAAACUUACACUUGUUUAGUAGUUUUUAAAUGUCUGUUUUUUUAGUAGUAUUUAAAUGUCCUGGACUGUUAUUAGAUAUUCAUAACUGAUGUAGAAACAGAAAAAUGAAUGACAACACAGUUUCUUUUUUUUAUAAAUGUCAUAUGUAAAAUUGUAAUUGUUGAAAAACUGCACAUUAACAAAAUGUUAAAUCUCCUUACAUCGGCGUACAACUACAUAAUAACAUGUUACAAACUAUUUAUUAAACGUUAAUAUUAUUCUAAAUAAUAAAUAAGGGUGGUGCAACCAA